GAACGCCACUCUGAUUGACUGAUAUCGGGGGUUGUCCUCUCUAUCACAACGACGCGCUGAUAGGCUGUUACCACCUGGGUCAUACACAUGUGCAGAGUGCAUGGAACCUUUCGCUGCAGGCACACAGUUGUCUCGUAUCGCUACUUCGCUAACUGUUCACUCGUCAGUCACUGAAUGUGAAUCAAAUCACAAUGGCAUACAGGCUGGUAAAAGAAAGGUGGACAGGGAAAACCGACGUUUCAAGGAAGAAUGGACAGAGCAAUAUGUUUUCAUCCUACCUACUGCAAGUACCAGACCAAUGUGUCUAAUAUGCAACAGUACUGUUGCUCUGGUGAAAAGUGAAAAUCUGAAACGUCACUAUCUGAAAGAGCACCGCGAAUUUGAAGACAUUUCCUCAUGAUUCAGAGCUAAGAAAAAAAGAAAUAAUGAGGCUGAAAAAGUCAUAUGAAACAUCAAGCAAGAUUUUUGUUAAAUCUAUGACACAGCAACAAAUAGCAACAGAGUGCUCACUCAGAGUGGCAUGGAAGAAGAGAAGCCAUUCUCUGAUGCAGAAAUAAUUAAAGAAUGCUUGACUGAAGUGAUGGGUGCCAUGUUUGAAGGCAAAGAAAAGGAGGAAAUGACAGCUAAAAUAAAUCAAAUCCCACUCUCUGAUGCCACAGCUACCAGACAUACUGAAAUACUGGCUGGUGAUUUGUCCAAGCAGCUUUGUGAUGGAAUAAAAAACGCAGAGUGCAUAUCCCUAGCAGUGGAUGAGUCCACUGACACCACUGACAAAAUGCUCAGUUGUUGGUGUUUGUGAGGUAUUAUGAUGAGGAAAAGAGGGAGUUUAUUGAAGAUGUUUUGGGCCUGGCAAACCUCAGUAGACAAACAAGGGGAGAAGACAUCUAUAAAGCAAUAUCAGAAAUGCUGAAUGAAAAAGGGAUAGAUCUGAAGAAAGUUGUGUCCAUUGCUACUGAUGGAGCUCCAGCCAUGUUGGGGAGAGAGAAGGGACUGGUUCCGCGUCUGAGAGAACACCACCCUGGCCUGAUAUAUUAUCACUGCAUAAUCCACCAGUCUGUCCUUUGUGCAAGUCUUGGAGAAGUGUACUCUGAAAUCAUGACAACAAUGAUGAAACUCAUAAACUUCUUGAGAGCAUCAUCUGCACUGCAGCACCGCUUGCUGCGCACAUUCCUAACAGAGGUAGAUGCUGCUUUUGAUGAUUUGCUCGUGCACAACAACGUCAGAUGGCUGAGCAAAGGCAGGGUCCUGGAGCGUUUUUGGGCCGUUAGAGAAGAGCUGCAAGUGUUUCUGUCCCAGCAAAAUAGCGCAAAAGCAAAACAGUUCCUGGAAUUUCUGCAAAAUGCUGGGAAAAUGGAAGCUGUGGCAUUUUUGGCUGAUAUAACCUCCCAUCUCAAUGACCUAAGUCUCAAGCUACAGGGGAAGAAGAACACAGUGUGUGAGCUGAUGUCAGAAGUCCGUUCCUUCCAGAGGAAGCUGGAGGUUUUCAAAAGUGACAUACAGGAGGAACUGCUCCACUUCCCCAAACUUCUGGAACUGACCAAAGGAGAGGGAGAUCAUCAGUGCCAUUUGGAAUUCUUGGAAAAACUCAUUGCAAAUUUCAAGACUCGCUUUGAUGGCUUCAUUUUGGGAAAACAAGUCCUGCUGUUCAUUGAAAACCCAUUCCUGAUCAGAAAUGUGAGUGCGUUCUCUGCAGAAGCAAAAUAAGUCUUCCCAUGGGCCAGAGCUGCUUCACUGCAGACUGAGCUCAUUGACCUCCAAGAAAGUGUCGCACUGAAAGAGGCUCAGUGUGACGCCAUCACCUUCUGGUCAAAGCUGGUCAUUCCUUCCAAGUUCCCUCUGCUGCAUAAGAUGGCCUGUCACAUCCUCACAAUGUUUGGCUCAACAUACAGCUGUGAGUCUGCCUUCUCUACAAUGAACAUUGUGAAGAACAAGUACCGCAGCAGACUGACCAAUGAACACCUGGAUCAGUGUCUCCGCCUGGCCAUCACACCUUUUGUGCCAAAGUUCAAAGUCUUGGCUUCAACCCCAAGAGCCCAAUUCUCCCAUUGAGCAGCUGUGUUUUACACAAUGGGGAUGUACUGUACCAUAGUUAUAUUUGCACAUGAAUGAGAUCUGUUGAGGUCAUUUGUUUACCAGGGAUAGGAGGGUUGUGUUUAAAAGUAUUUAUUUUUUGUUAAAACUGAAAGUUUUAUUUAAGUUCUUAUUUAUUUUUGUUUCAAAGAAAAUCUUUCAUGUAUUUUAUUGGAUAUUUAUUUUAUUUUUGUUAAUUUUAAGAAAAUGUUAAACUACUACCUACCUCCUGCUACUAUAUAAGCUUGACCGAUAAUAAACGGACCCAGCCUGUUUCAAAAAAACAUUUGUGGACCUUCAAGAUUUGUACUUGAGGAC